GCCUACGAAAUCGUCCCUCUUUCUCCAGCAACAAACAAACAACAACGCAGAAACGAUCUCAAAAUUUCGGAUCGGAUUUUUAAUUUAUUUCAUGACUAAUUAGUUUCGUUUUUUUACUAAUUGUCCAGUCCCAGGAUGAGUCUCAACAAAGAGUCGCCUCGAUUCCUCUCAAAUCCAGAGUCGAAAUCACUCUUUCCCCUCCAGACAAUUUUUGACUUGGAGAAAUUGUUUGAGCUGGAAUUUUUGUCAAGUAAUGAUCCCAAUCUGGCCGUGUUAUCCAUCAUUCUGGGCGCAGUGGAAAAUUCGUUGGUGCAACUAGACUACAGCGCAGCUAUCCCGGUCUUGGUGAAUAAUAAAAAGGGAUCGAAGUCGGUGCCGGCGACCGCGACGAGGAAAUCAGUGGGCGCAGUAAAGCGGAGGAAAGGUCGUAGUCGCCCCGUACAUCAGGUCGAAUAUAAAGACGGGAAAAGUAGUGGGGGGAGUAAUAUCAAUGCGAAGAGUGAAACUUCUGGUAGUGGGGGGACGGACAAAACUUCUCCCGAUUGUUCAGAGGAGGAUGGGAAAGAGGAAAGUAAUUCACCAUCGGUGGAAGGAGGAGGUGAAGAUGGGAUGAGCGAUAAGGAAAAUGUUAAGGGUGACUUUCCUCCGCUCGAAUUGGACAUUGUAGAAGCACUAUUUUUCAAAUUCUACCAAGAUGUUUUGAAGACAUACGUCGAUAUUACACAAUUUGGGAUGGAGGAAGGAAUUGAAGUGGAUAAUACGCCGAAAGAGCUGGUGAAACGAGUCUCCGAUGUCGUGUGGAGUUUGUUAUCAGGAAAUUAUAAAGCAGAUACGCCCCAUAUCCAGUCGUUGUAUAUGUACUUGACAGACAAGAAGCUUGACAGUUUUGGAGUAUCGUUGGCUGUAACAGCAGGAUGCCAGUUGUUGGGAUUAAAAGAUGUCCAUCUUAUGAUGUCGGAGGACCAUUCAUGGGUUGGAUUUGGAGGUACCGAUGAGAAAAAUCGUCCCAAACAAAUGUCCGAAGUUACUUGGCAUGGAAAGGGUGUAGAGGACAAGCGAGGCAAGGAAGUCGGAUUGGGGGAAGAAGAGGAUUCUUGGCUCUACCAGAAAGGACAUGCAGUUUACUGUUCAAGACACAUGGAAGUUGCUGCAAUAGUGACUUCAAUUAACUCUGCAAUUAGUACAAGUUUGAAUUCCAUUGAGCUGGUGAAAAUUCAGCAAAUAUUGUUGUGGAAGUUGUAUGAGAAUGGACAUUUGAAAAAAUACCCAAUGGGUUUGAUGGCUUUGGCAGAUUUGGAGGAGGUCAACCCAACAUCUGGUAAACCGACAUGUCCUACUCUUUAUCAGGACGCUGUGCUCUCUGGUAGAACUUAUUAUGGAGAUAUGCACAUCUAUCCGUACACCUCAAAUGCAGCAUAUUUCUUUCGCCAUAAUGACUUUAAAACGUCACUAAAAUACUGGGCACAUGCUGCGCGAAUUGUGCAAAAAUUUCGCCGUUCGAAGAAUGAUGAAGAGAUUUACAGAGAGUUUUUCGAGAUAAGUACGGAUGCUCUUGUCACGGUUAUGAAAUCUUGUAGUACCGGAUUCCAAGCAAAUUCGAUCGUCAGAGAUCCCAUGUGCUUCGCGCAUCUGUUACGCAUUUUUGACGGCAUAUGUUCAUGGGAGGAGCGGUCUAAAUCCAGUAUCGUUCACAUCACAUGGGCAAAAGCGUGGGUUCAAGCAAUUGGUCGCUUCGAUUAUACGAUCAGACGAUUGGUUAGCACAUCGGAUGGCACCUUGCUGGAAACUGUAGGAAAAAGUGGAUCCAAGGAGAAUGGAACGGCAGAGGAUGAAAUUGAGAAAGAUUCUGGAAUUGACGAAGAAGAUGAACCUCCACCACGGGUUACCCUUUUCAGCCAGAAAAUGCGACAGAUGAAGGGUUUCUUCAAAUUGGAAAAGUACAACCCGAGUGCAAUAACGUUGCUUCUAACUGCACAAACCGCUGUUGAGGACGCUGUCGAAAAGGAAUCCAACGGUCCAGGAUUCAGAUCCAGACGAGAACGAUUAUCUCAAAGCCUGGAAAUUCCAAAGGUUGACAACCACAUUACCAACAAUUCCGAAGCUAACCGCAGUGCCAGAAGUGCCCACGAUGAUCCUCCAUCAAGAAAGCGGUCAAAGAUUUCACCUUCAUAAAUCAAUUAUAAGAAACGUAAUGACUUAACCCUUCAUAUGACCUUAUUUCUCAUUCGUAACUAAUUUUUUGUUUGCUAAUUUCAACCUAUACCUUCAGUUAGGGGAUACUAUUGUUUUUAUUUUAAGGUAUACUGUGGUGAUCUCGUUUUUUGUGAUUUAUUUUGCACCAUUUAGCGGGCUAAUAUUUUUUACAAAACAUGAAUUUGAGCCAAUCUAGCAUUUUAAGAUUGUAUGUUAACUAUAUGAAAUAUUAGGGUCUCCCAAGUUUGUAAAAAAGAUCUAAAAAAGCGAAAAGCUAAAAAAUCUGAAAUCCGCUUUUUUCGCUCAAUACUUGACUGUCCCGAUUUUUUAUCGCUUGAAUACUCAGGAGCAGAGAAUGGGUGGUCAGGAAACUUUCGAGUUUCUUUUAAAAUUUACAUUUGCUCGAUGUUGGAUAUGAUGAAACAACUAUCUAAGAUCAUGAAAAUCCAAAAAUUACCAAAAUGGGAUGAAAAUAGGAUUUUUGGCAAAGGUUUGAAUGCGGUAGUUUUAGUGGUUACAAUGCUUUUCAGGGGGUGUGGCGGGCGCAGGUGGGGCCAUGGAGUAAAAUCCUCCUUCACUUUUCACACACUCACCUGCUAUUGAAAUAUAUUCCAUAGGACAUCAAAAUCGGAUGAUGUCCCCUUAAACAUGUCUCUGAGAGACUGAUUUUUCACUCAAAGUAUUAAAAAGAGCGAAAAAAUCAUCUUAAAGUAGAUUUUAUUUUUGAGCAGAAAAAGCAGAAAAAAGAUCGGAAUCGCAUGCGCAGUGCGGUUUACGAAAAGAGCGAAAAAAUCGUGAGCGGAAAAAGCGAUUUUUUUUACAAAGUUGGGACACCCUAUUAUUCAGUUUUAUGGCCAAUAACAUGCACUCCAUAAUAAAUAUUUAGGUAAAAAUAAUAUUAUACUUAUCAUCAUCACAGAUUGAAAGGAAUUGUAGAAAUGCAAGUAGUUAGGUGAAAACUGGGUAAAGGAAAAUAAUAAUGACGAGUUAUUUUUCACGCCGGAAAUUUUUCUGGAGCAGCGGGAUUGCUGGGGUUCUUGUCAACUGUGAUCAAAUUGAUGUGACAAACUAUGCAUUUUAUUUUGCUUUUAACAGAAAAAAGCAUAAUACCAUUAAGAAGAGGAAUACUAAUUUUAAAACUGGAAAGUAUUGAAAGAAAAUGAUAUUACCUGUAGCUCACACAAGUAGUGAUUUAGAAUGUACCUUAUGAAAACCUUGUAUAAAUGAACUAGUCUGAGAAAUAUUGAGUGACUCGCUUAAACUAAUAACCCUUAUUAUUAUCAUCUUUUUAUGAACUUUUAAAAACAAAAAAUUGUAACCCUUUUACAAAAAAUGUCCUCCUCGCACGUUUUGAUUAAAAUUUGUUUUAUGUAAUAUAAUAGUGCAAAAUUUACAAAACCUUGGCAGAAAGUGCAAAUUGUACCUAGAUGAAAUUAGCAUACGCAAUAUAAUGUCCACAAUUAGGAUAUUCUACAUACUACAUUUGCCAUCUUUUUUCUUGUUAUCUAAUCUGUGUAUAUACAUAUGUACCUCUACGUUUACUUUUUGAAUGAACGAAGCAUGUACUCCUGUAUUGGAAUGACUGAACUUACCUACCUUACAGCAAAUAAGCAACAGCAAAAAAUUGUCCGAAAUACUAUAUUGCGAAUAAAAAUAGAAGAGCCUUUCUUCUCAACACGGCAAA